CACCUGUGAGGGGGCGUGGCCAAGAGCCGUCAAGGUGUGGUCCUCAGCUUGUUUGUCGCGGACUCAGCAACACUUCCAGCAGCAGACGAAGAAGUCCAACUAAAGAGCAUCAGAAAUGUCCGGCAGGCCCAACGGGAGCCCGCCUCCGUACGAGCCCAAUGGCUACCCCCCCGCUCAGCCCGCCUACUCCUACUAUCCGGACGACGAGUUCCAGCACUUCUACCGCUGGACGUCGCCGCCGGGCAUCCUGAAGAUCAUGUCCAUCAUCGCCAUCGUGCUGUGCGUCGCCAUCUUCGCCUGCGUGGCGUCCACCUUGGCGUGGGACUCCCAGCGGGCGAUGUCCGGCUUCGGGGGAGGUAUCGGCGGCGGAGGUAUCGGCGGCGGGGGAUUCGGCGGCGGGGGAUUCGGCGGCGGGGGAUUUGGCGGCGGCAGCUUUGGCGGGGGAUUCGGGGCUGGGAACAACUACGGCUACGCGGGACUAGGCGGGAACUACAACGACCCCCGCUCGGCCAAGGGCUUCAUCAUCGCCAUGGCGGCCAUCACCUUCAUCGCCACGCUGGCCAUCUUCAUCAUCAUCGUGUCCCACCAGAGCAUAUCAGAAAGCAGGAAGUUCUACCUGGCCGUCAUCAUCAUCUGCGCCAUCUUGGCUCUGCUGAUGCUGAUCGCCACCAUCUGUUACCUGGUGGCGGUCAACCCCACGGCGCAGUCCCAAGGCUCCGCCUACGGCAGCCAGAUCGCCGCCCUGUGCGCGCCGUUCCAGCAGCAGCAGACUUCGGGCGUCUUCGUCAACCAGUACCUGUACCACUACUGCGUGGUGGAGCCGCAGGAGGCCGUCGCCGUGGUCUUUGGCUUCCUGGUGGUCGCCGCCCUCAUCAUCAUGCUGGUGUUUGCGGUCAAGACGCGCAAGAAGCUCAUCAACUACGGGAAGAGCAACAUCCUGUGGAAGCGCGUCAAGGUGGUGGACGAUGCUGAGCCGCCGCAGGACGUGGAGGCCUGGGUCAACAACGUGUCCGUCCCGCCUCAGGAGCUGCCCAUGUCCGACUACCCGGAGAACUUGAGAGGCUCCAGGAACCACCUGGACGACGAGAGCACCAACUACAGCAAGCCUCGCUACAACUACACACCCCCACCCGCGGAGGAGCGACCUCUUAGCAACGCUCCUUACGGCGCCAACUCUGAGGUUCCGAGCUCAGUCGGCAGAACCAACAGGCGGCGCCCGGGUCGUGACCCCGACGCCGACUACGCCUCCUCGGGAGACGAGCUGGACGACGACGACAACGACUUCUACAGCGAGUUCCCCGCCAUCGCCGACGAGCCGCAGCGUAACAACUACAAGCGCGAGUUCGACCGCGACCACCAGGAGUACAAGGACCUGCAGGCGGAGCUGGACGCCAUCAACAAGAGGCUGUCUGACGUGGACCGAGAACUGUACGAGCUGCCCGAGGGCAGUCCCCAGUACCUGGACGCUCUUGACGAGUACAACAAGAUCAAGGACUUGAAAAAGUCGGCAGAUUACCGCGCCAGGAAGAGACGCAGCAAAUACUUGAAGGCCAAACUGAGCCACAUCAAGAAGAUGGUGAGCGACUACGACCGCCGAGCCUGAGACGCCACACUGGACCUGCCAGCCAUCUGCAUCUGUGGUCACUGCAGGUCAUCUUGGUAUGACAUGGUGGUAUGACAUCAUGGUAUGACAUGGUGGUAUGACAUGGUGGUAUGACAUCAUGGUAUGACAUGGUGGUAUGACAUCAUGGUAUGACAUGGUGGUAUGACAUGGUGGUAUGACAUCAUGGUAUGACAUGGUGGUAUGCCAUGGUGGUAUGACAUGGUGGUAUGACAUGGUGGUAUGACAUCAUGGUAUGACAUGGUGGUAUGACAUGGUGGUAUGACAUCAUGGUAUGACAUCGUGGUAUGACAUGGUGGUAUGACAUGGUGGUAUGACAUCGUGUUAUGACAUGGUAUUACAUCAUGGUAUGACAUCAUGGUAUGACAUCAUGGUAUGACAUCAUGGUAUGACAUCGUGGUAUGACAUCGUGGUAUGACAUGGUGGUAUGACAUGGUGGUAUGACAUGGUGGUAUGACAUCAUGGUAUGACAUGGUGGUAUGACAUCAUGGUAUGACAUCGUGGUAUGACAUCGUAUGACAUCGUGGUAUGACAUGGUGGUAUGACAUGGUGGUAUGACAUGGUGGUAUGACAUCAUGGUAUGACAUGGUGGUAUGACAUCGUGGUAUGACAUCAUGGUAUGACAUGGUGGUAUGACAUGGUGGUAUGACAUGGUGGUAUGACAUGGUGGUAUGACAUGGUGGUAUGACAUCAUGGUAUGACAUGGUGGUAUGACAUCAUGGUAUGACAUCAUGGUAUGACAUGGUGGUAUGACAUCAUGGUAUGACACACAGAACAAACACUGUAGAUAGUUAGUCUCGCUGCAUCAAGCCUGCAACAAAGAACUCUUCUUAUAUCAACCCAAUAAGCUCCAUUUUUAAAUGUUUUUAAUCUUUUAAUGCACAUUUUGACUAACAUGUAUAAAACACUUAUUUUUAUUUUUUUUAGCCUUAGCUAUUUUUGUGUGUGUUUUGCGAGGGUUUUUAUGACACGGUUGUGUAUCUUUACCAUGAUUUGUCUUACAACAAUAAUAAAUUGUCCUCUACAAUCUACCAAA